AUGGCGCAGGUCCGGCCUUCGGUGCCUGGGCGCAGCUCCUCCGCCCACGCGUUCGAAAGCAAGCUCACCCAGCAACUAUCCCAAUCCCAAUCCCAAUCCCAAGCACAAACACACUCGGAAACGCCCUUCGCCCACCGCGAGUCUGUGUCGCGCUCGCCAAAGUCGCGCUCCUUAUCCGAUGCCACGAAACCCACAUCCACCCCUCAACCCGCCACGGGAGACUUGAGUCGUCCUCCCAGCAAAGACGACAGCGUACUUCCAUCUCUACCAGCCACCCCCAGCAGGUCGAACCUGCACCACCCGAACCUCUCAUUGAACCUCUCCGCAAAGGCCUCCGCGUCGCCCUCGAUUUUCAGCCGUGCUCCUCUCUCCCCCAAGCUUGACUCCUCCCAAAUCACGUAUGGGUCCCCCGGUUCCGUGCUUCCACGGCGCUCUCGUGGUCUUGACUUCUCGCGCGCGUGCACAAAUCUUCACCAUUCGACUCUUGCAGAGUCGUCCCCGGACUCCUCCCCGACGGUUGGAGGGCGCGAAAUGAUGAUCCCGCAGCGACGCAGUUCGCCUGGUCUGACUUCAGUUCCGCCUUUCUCAACGUCUGGCCCCGCAGACCGAACAGCGAUUUCGAGCUCGGUCUCGAGCGUGAACAUGAUGGAGUCCGACACGAGUAGCAGUGAAGACGACGAGGAUGCCAUGAUGGGGGACCGGGAUGAUGUGAUGCUCAGUACGCCGCAGGCGGCGCGAAUGGGUAGCGGACCCAGCCCUUUUGCAACGGGUACUAUUCAGAGUCCUGGGAACGACUGGAUGGGUGGGUACUCCCAAGCUGCAGCCAGCCUGAUGAGCUUCCAGCGGGCCCGGUUCCGAAAGGGACGUAGCCGUCACAGCUCAAGCAGUGCUAGUGGGAACAGCUCCAAGCCUAGUCCUGGGCCUCAUUCUCCUCCAGUUAUGAAGAGCGUCGAGAACCCAACGGCUGGGUAUUUUGCUCCCAGACAUUCGAUUCAUUCUCGACGAGAGAGUUUGAGCUUGGGCACGCGAGAUCUCCGACUAUCCGAUCUCAGUGAUGACGGCGAGAGUCGUGCCCCGAGGGGAGGCAGUCCCACUGCUGUAUCGCACUCCGAUGGUGGACCACUUGGUGUGAUUCGACGUGCAGUCACCCGACGAGGGAGUCUGUUGCCCAAGACCAAAACUUUCGCCCGCAUUCGGGCCGCUUUGAUGGAGGAGGUUGCACCCGUCGACAGUGACAUGAAACGGGAAGCAGAAGUCAUCCGGCAGGUCCGCGAUACUGAGCCCGAGACAUCGCCCACGCUCAGUGCCUUCCCAUCGCUCCAACCAUCUCAGCCGGUCCACACUUCGGACAUCGAUCCAACUGCCACCGCUGCCAAGUCUGAAGUAACAACCCCUCUGGCCAGCAGCUUCAGCAAGCAUGCCAGCCGCCAUUCUGGCGGAGUGGGAUUCUGGAACUCCCUCGAUGGGCGCUAUCGUACGCCACCUCCAACGCGUCAAGGUGGUGCCCCGUUCGCUGCGGACGAAGAUAUCGCCAUGGAUAUGACUCCCUCCACAACACUGGGGUCUACAACCGACUCCAAGCAGCGCUCGCGAUCUUCCACCCCACAUGCGCCCGGUAUGACUGCGAUUGGCGAAAUUUGUCGCAAGCGACGUCGGGAUGAUGAUUUUGAUCCGAAUCUCUUCAAACGGCGAGCUGUCUCGCCUAGUGUGAGUGCUCAAAGCAGUCCAGUGCUGAACCAUUCUUCCACUGUCGAUACCAACGGACCCAAUAUCUGGGGCCCUCCGUCCAAGCUAGGGCCACCAUUUUCUGAGCGUCCUGUUAGUGAGAAUGGUACCGGCAGCGGCAACGCUGGUGGUACUGGCAAUGCUAGUAAUGUUAGUAAUGGCAAUCGAACCAGCUUUCACGCUGCCACCACGAAACGCGUGGGAUUGCAAGGCAUGACCGAAGCCAGCGAUGGGUUUAUGAACAUGAGCAUCGAAUGA